AUGAGCGACCUUGUUACAGCUGUUCUGGGCCUCGUCGCACUUGUUAUGAGGCAAACAAACAUUUUCUGGAUUGUGGUCUGGAUGGGUGGCCUGGAAACUGUUCAUGCAGUCAAGACGUUGCGACCGGAGCGUGCGUCUCAACCAUGGCCGACCUCUCUUGUUGAGCAGGUGAAAUUCUUUGCUUGGAGAUGCUCGAUGGGCGACGUACACGAUCCACCGUUGAAUAUGGCGUGGCCAGAUGAUAUGCUCCGUGUUAUCAUCGGCCUGGCCUUUGCAGCUCUAUGUAACCCUGUUCGAGUGAUUCGACAGAUUUGGCCGUACUUGUCAGUACUUGUUGUCUUUACUGGGUUUGUGUGGUGGAAUGGCGGUGUUGUUCUCGGCGACAAAUCUAACCACGUGGCCACCCUCCAUCUCGCCCAGUUAUUGUAUAUCUGGCCGUUGUUUGCCUUCUUCUCCUUUCCGCUUCUUUUGCCUUUGGCGGUCAAUGCCUCUGGCAUAGGCGCCAGAUUGAACAGCUCGGAGCCGGGCCAGAGCAGCACGGAGCAGAGAUGUAUCACCGCAACGGCAACAACAACAACAACAACAAGCUCAGCCAUUGCAGAAUCCGGACAGUCGGGAAUCCUGCAACGGAGAAGACCCUUCAAGUUCCACUCUGGCGCUGUUCCUCAAACUCAAAACCAGGCUGCAUCACCAUCGCAGCUCUCGCCGGCCCCGGAAACCACGUCUUGGAGGUUUUGUACAAAGGUGUUUAUCUGGGCGGUGUACCACCUCACCAUCUUGGCCGCGUCGCUCGGAGUCAUCAAAUACAACACCAUCGUUCAUCCCUUCACCUUGGCCGACAAUCGGCACUACAUGUUUUACAUCUUUCGAUACACGAUCCGUCGCGGGGGCGGGUUCCGUUUGCUGCUGGUUUUGCCCUACACGGUAUGCCGGUGGAUGAUAUGGAGCAUUCUUGAAGGCCGGGGCCAUGACUGGGCGAGAGCGAAGAGUGCUUGUAGCCUUGUUCAUCCUGGACCAUUCAUCAGCGAGUGCGACAAGAAGAGAGAGGCAGCAGAUGCAGAGCGUACCAGGAACGAGCGGGGUCGGGACUCGGAGCUGCGCGACCCUCUCGUUUCCUGUGCUGAGCCAGUACCGACUUCUACCGCACUCGUGCUAUUUCUGACCACUUGUCUUUCACUCAUGACGGCGCCGCUCGUUGAGCCGCGAUACUUUAUCCUCCCCUGGGUGAUGUGGCGGUUGUUGGUGCCGGCAAGGAGGUUGCCUGAUGACGACAUUGCCCAGCGGGGAUCAUCCGAUGGCACAAGUCAACGCCUCCUGGCCAGAGCAGCUGUGGCCGUUUUGAGACGGCGUGACCUGGGUCUCUUUUCGGAGACGCUUUGGUUCCUAGUCAUCAACGGGGUUACUGGAUGCCUGUUCAUCGUCAAGCCCUACGUUUGGAGGGAUGAGACGGGGCAACCGCUGGACGAAGGGCGGCUGCAGCGAUUCAUGUGGUAG